GAGAUGCGCUAGUGGUGCACAUCCUCAUUCUGAAGUCUUCUUAAAGCAACACUAAAGAGUUUUUGCUCUUUGCUCCCCCUACAGGUUGAAAGCGGAUUUGUCCAUUACUACUGUCGUAAAUAAUUUAGCCUACUGCAGCAAAGCUGGCUCUAAUUGGAUUGUAGGUCUGCCGUAAAGCAAGUUUUUGUAGUUUUCACUCUAACUACUGGACCGCAACCCGACGGUUGGAAACUUCUUUCAUGCGGUUUUGUACGAGAGGGCUGCAAAGCGAAUGUGAGAGUGCUGUUCACGCUGUUUCAAGUGGAUGAACAACUGAAACUUUUUUGGAAACUUUAUUUUAAGUUAAAAAAAACUCUCUUUGGUGUUGCUUUGAUGUGAAAUAGCAUUUGAUCAAUGUUGAUGAUGGAGGAGCCCAACAGACUCAACCACUUUUGUUUAAUACAGAAAGGCACAAUUAAGCUUUUGUUAAGACCAGAGUGAAAAAUAUAUGAUGAUAUAAUUUCUAGAUGUGCGCUAGCAACAAAUGUGUUUUGUCAUCUGUAGAUGAAACCAUAGUUUUGCACACGUCUCUUAAAAUCAAAACCAGGAAGAAACUCUUCAACUAAGUGAAAGUGAAACUUAAGCGCUGUUUAGACCUUUUGUGUUUCUCUCCAUCAAUGCUCAUGCAAACAAAUGGCAGAAACAAGUAUUUCAGUGGCUCAGGAUCAGUUUACUUGCCCAAUCUGUCUGGAUCUUCUGAAGAAUCCAGUGACCAUUCCCUGUGGACACAGUUACUGUAUGGACUGUAUUACAAACUAUUGGGAUCAAGAUGAUCAGAAGCAAAUCUACAGCUGCCCUCAAUGCAGACAAACCUUCACACCAAGACCUGUUUUAGGUAAAAAUGUGGUGAUUGCUGAAAUGCUGGAGAAACUGAAGAAGACAAAACUUCAAUCUGCUCCUGACUCUGCUCAUUGUUACGCUGGACCUGAAGAUGAGGAGUGUGACAUCUGUACUGAGAGAAAACUAAAAGCAGUCAAGUCCUGUCUUGUGUGUCUGAACUCUUACUGUCAAAAUCACCUCAACCUGCAUGAGAAUUUCUUUAAAGAUAAAAACCACAACGUGAUCGAUGCCACUGAACGACUACAAGAAAAGAUCUGCAAAAAACACAACAAACAACUAGAAAUCUACUGCCGUACUGACCAACAAUGCAUUUGUUAUCUGUGUACGAUGGAUGUUCACAAAAAUCACGACACUGUGACAGCUGUGGCAGAGAGGACAGAGAAACAGACGCGAUUGGGAGAAACAAAAAGACAUUUAAAGCAGAGAAUUCAGGAGAUAGAGAAGAAGCUUCAGGAGCUGAGACAGACUGUGGACUCUCAUAAGCGCUCUGCACAGACAGCAGUGGAGGACAGUGAGAGGAUCUUUACUGAACUGAUCCGAUCCAUUGAGAGAAGACGAUCUGAGGUGACCAAACUGAUCAGAGAUCAGGAAAAGAUUGCAGUGAGUCAAGCUGAAGGAGUCAUGAAGCGUCUGGAGGAGGAGAUUGAUGAUCUGAAGAGGAGAGACGCUGAACUGAAGCAGUUUUUACAAACAGACGAUGACAUUCAUUUCCUGCAGAGUUUCAAGUCUUUCUCUGUGACUUCUGGAUCUUCAGAUGUUUCCAGAAUUACUCUCAGUUCUCUUCUCACUUUUGAUGAUUUGGGAAAAUCUGUUUCUAAACUCAGAGAUAAACUGGAGGAUUUGUGUAAAGAUGAGAUUAAACAUAUAUCUGACAGAGUAAAAUCCACUGAAAUUAUUUACAAUGAACCCAGAACUAGAGAGGAUUUCCUACAAUAUUCCAUUCUGCUGUCUCUGGAUCCAAACACAGUGAAUAAAAAUCUCCAGCUGUCUGAGAAAAACACUGUGGCUACUAACACUGACACAGUCCAUCAGUAUCCUGAUCAUCCAGACAGAUUUGAUUACUGUCUUCAGGUGUUGUGUAGAGAGAGUUUGUGUGGACGCUGUUACUGGGAGGUUGAGAGGAGUGGUCGUGUUGGUAUAUCAAUGUCAUAUAAGAGCAUCAGCAGGAAGGGAUGGGGUGAUGAGAGUUUGUUUGGAUGUAAUGAUCAGUCCUGGAGAUUGUUCUGCACUGACUCCAUCUGCUUCUUCACUCACAAUAACAAAGACACCAAACUCCCUGUAGUAUCUAGGUCCUGUAGAAUAGGAGUGUAUGUGGAUCACAGUACAGGAUCUCUGUCCUUCUACAGCGUCUCUGAUAAAAUGAACCUCAUACACAGAGUCAACACCACAUUCACUAAACCACUUUAUCCUGGGUUUUUGAUCAAUCCAGAGUCAACAAUGAAACUCUGCAAUCUGACAAGAUAGAAGAUACAUUUAGAUGGAUCUAGUUGUGGUGUAGUGAAGCAGCAGUGAAUGUGAAACCGUUAAUAUUUACAAGUUUUUUGUUGUUGUUGGAUGCAGCAACAUAGUUUGUGUUUGUUCUGAUUUAAUUUUUUUUACUGAUUUUUUUCUAUGAAUAUUUUAAAUAUGUAUUUGAUUCUGAUUUACUUUUUCUUUUUUGUUAGAUUUUUUUUCUGCUUUACACAGAUUGUGUGCCAUGUUGUAUAUCUGUCAUCAUUCUGUAAUGUAAGUUUUGAAACUGUAUAUUUGUCACAUAGAAGAGAAAAAUCUUUGUAUUUAUUUUAACUUUCAACAUGCUUGAAAAUCUCUUGUGCCCUCUCAUCUGGUAUGCAUCUUCUUGACAUUUAGGGGUGGUUUCCUGGACAGGGAUUAGUUUAAGCCAGGACUAGACCUUAGUUUAAUUAGGAAAUAUAACUACAUGCCUUACUAAAAACAUUACUGGUGUGCAUUUUGAGGCAAAACAAAGGGCACUGAUGUAUUUUAUGAUAUGUCAGUUCAAGUUGUUUUCAUUUUGGACAGCUCUUACAUUUAUUUUAGUCAAGGACUAGUCUAAUCCCUGUCCGGGAAUCCGUCCCAUGAUGUAUUAAUUAUUUCUUACUUAUUUUGCUUUUCUCAUGUUAAGCAUCAAACAAAAUCAGAUAAAACAGAUAAAAAAACAACUAAUUAAUAAAAGUUUUCUAUUAUUUUUUGUCCAUCAUCCCUAUAUUUCCUACCACAUAUUAUCAGGAUUAAAAAGUGUUAUAAAAUAAAUGUCAGAAAAGUAUUUAAAAGGUCAAAGCACAGAGUAAUAAGACUUUCUGUUUAAAUAUGAUUUUCCUACAACAAUAAAACAAAAGUAAAUUACAUCAUUGUUCUUUUGGUGUUUGUGAGACCAGCAGGGAGAGCUCACCCUGUGGUCUGUGUGGGUCCUAAGAAGACCUCAGUAUAGUCAGAAGUGGUCUUAACAUAAAGGCAUAGGUAGGUGGCUGCUUGGGGCCCCCA